AUGUAUAAUUUAAGCAACACCAACAGAACAGAGCUGCUGAAUGAAACCAGCACCCAGAAGGUGACAAUCUCAGAAGAAGCGCUGUUGUUUCUCACUGGCUCUGUGUCCACCAUCCUCAUCCCUUCCUUCUACACACUGGUCUGCCUCAUCAGCUUGCCGAUCAACAUCUGUGCAGUGGUGGCCUUCACUCUGAAGAUCAAACCCAAGAAGCCGGCGGCCAUCUACAUGUUGAAUCUGGCCUGUGCCGAUCUGCUCUUUGCUGUGCUGCUCCCCUUCAAAGUCUCCUACCACUUUGGAGGCAACAACUGGAUAUUCGGCUCGCUCAUGUGCCGUGUGGACACCGCAGCCCUCUACUGGAACAUGUACUGCUCUGUUCUGCUAAUAACUUGCAUUAGUGUGGACCGUCUCCUUGCUGUAGUCUAUCCUCUUGACUCUCUGCCUUGGAGGACGCCAGGGAACGCAUUCAUGGCCUGCGUCGCCAUGUGGAUAUUAUCUUUCGCUGGCACUGUGCCCAUUGUCCUCGACGACCAGACUUUUUCCCCUCAGUCAGCUGAACAUCACCGCCACGACGUCCAGUCUGUGCACGAGAUAAUCUUGUACUACAAGUUCUACUUCAUCGCCCUGUGCUGUGCCUUCUUCUUCCUGCCUCUGCUCAUCACAGUGGGGUCCUACACUCGUGUGAUCUGGGCACUGAGCAGAGUCCCACGCUGCGUUCUAGGACGUUCGAGCAGAAGAACAAGAGCAGUGGUGAUGGCUGGAGCAGUGCUUGUGAUAUUUGUGCUGUGUUUCACACCCACACACUGUCUUCUGAUGACCCACUAUCUGCAACUUAACGGAGGUGCUGAGGCGAUACAAGAGAGGACUGAUGGCUCUUACGCAGCCUAUCUAGUGUUUAUGUGUUUAGGAAGUCUGAACUGCCUCCUGGAUCCCCUGGUCUACUACUUUGGCUCAUCCCAGUGCCAGAAACAACUUUCCAGUACACUGAGGUGUGAGAAGAUUUUGGAGGGCUGUAGUAGACAUUCCUUUUCUAGCCUCAGUAGUCACUGA